AUGGCCCGCACCAAGCCAAAGCCAAAGCCGAAGGUGGCAAGAAAGGCCGAUGCUCAGGCUGCACCGUCCGAGUCAAACCCGUACGAUAGCUUUCAGAAUAAGCGCCGGCGACACGCCGUCCUCAAUGAGAGGGUCAAAGGCGAGCGCCGCAACAUCGCGCGGUCUCGGGCCUCGGCAACUGCAGACCGCACGCAGCACCUGCUGAAGGAGAAGCUCACUGCCAACCGGAGCUCGAAGUUCCGGGACGCGCGGCUGGGUGGCGACGAGGGCAAAGGCACCAGCGUGCAGCGCCUGGUGCGCCUGCGGCAGCGGGAGGCCAAGAGGAGCUUCAACUUAGGUCAGGAGGAAGAUCUGAAGAUCCGAGGCCGUCCGCUGUCGUCCUUAGAGGACUCUGAGCUGCGCCAGGGUACUGUCGGCAGCGAUGAGGAGGCCCCUGACAACAUGGACGACGUCGUUGCCAUGGGCCGCGCCAGAAAAGAGGAGGCUGCCCGCGAGCGGGAGGAGCACGAACGCCAGCGGAGCGAUUUGGACAAGGGCUUCUCGGACAUCAUGAGCCAGCUAAGCUUCAAUCCACCAAAGGCCGCCCGACCGCUAGAUAGGGUGGAGCCUGACAGCUAUGACAAGCUGUUAAAGGAGUUCGUCUUCGACAAGAAGGCAGUAGCCACCGAGCGGACCAAGACCCCUCAAGAGAUCGCUCGAGAGAAGGCCGAGAAGCUGGAAGCACUCGAGCGGAGGCGUUUGGCUCGUGCAGACGGCUUGGCUGAGGAUGUGGCGGAUGCGGACGAGGACAGCGACGCUGGGGAUUUGCCAAAGUUAGCGGUUGAGAGCAAAGGUGGCGUUGAGGAAGAGGGUGAGGAAGGUGAGGAAGAGGGCGAGGAGGAAGAGGUGAAGGAGCAGGACGAGGAGUUGCAGGUGAGCCUCCAAGACCAGGAGAAGGCCGAAGAGGCUGACCAGACCGGCGAAGGAGGUGCUGGAGAGGUGGACGAAGAUGACAAGCUUGGGGAGGACUGCAUCAAGCUGAUGACGGAUGUGGAGGCGGAGAAGGUCCAUCGCAACUUCAUGAAGAACGGAAAAGGCGAGGAGGGCUUGCCCUUCGCGCCCGAGUGUCCUCAGGAUCGCUUAUCAGUGGAGCGGCUUUUGGAAGGCCGUGGCCCUGUGACGGCCUUAAAGCUAGUGCAGCGCGUCCGAACACGCACGGCGGUGGCUUUGUCCGCAGAGAAUCGCGGGAAGCUCCAAGCCUUCCUUCUGGCCUUGCUGGACUACGCGAUCAACGUUAUCGCCCGGAGCGAUGGCGACAUCAGCUCGCGGGGCAUGAUGAUUGUGCACGCCCUGCGCCGCCCAAUCCUUGAGCUGGCUGCUGAGCAUCCCCGGGAAGUGACCGACUACUUUCUGGAGCUCUUGAAGGCCCUGGGCCCCGGCUCGGCGCCCAAGGCCCGUGAGCUGGCCGCCCUGAAGCUGGUGCCUUUGCUGUUUCCGGUCACCGACUUCCAGCACCCCGUAGUCACCCCCGCUACUCUGCUUGCGGACCACUGGGCGUCCCAGUUGGCUCGCUUGGGUGCUGACAUCCAGGACCUGGUGUCCGAAGGAUCCAUGUUGCUCUGCAUCCUCUACGAGCUGCUGAGCCCCUCCGGGAAGUUCUGCAGCUCCUUCUUUCAGCUGGGCGCCGCACUCCUGGAGUCCUCGGCGAACUCUGCGGCCUCGGGCCGACAGCAAGCCGCUGCAGCCGCAGAGGACCUGGCAGCACUGUUGGCCCGGUGCCUGGAGCGAACCGCAGAGCAGGCUCCCGCCGCGGCGGCGGUGCUCUUCCAAGAGGUCUUGCGGCCUGCAAUGGUGCGGAUCGUGGGGGAGGGCCGUGACAAGGUCCGCACUGCGCUGCAGUGCUUGGAGAGCGUCUCCAAGUCCCUGGCUUUGCAGGGCUGCAAGCCCUUGCGGAUGUUCGAUGCGGGUGCCGUUCAGAUCAAGAUGCUGGAUCCGAUCUUCCACGAGGAAGGCGACCGUCCGCUGAAGCGAGGAAUGGAGGCUUCGGCCACCAAGCAGCUGCAGCGCAAGCUGAACCAGGAGCGCCGCGCGGCUGCGCGGCAGCUGGCCAGAGACGCAACUGUGGUGCAACAGCUGCAGAGCCGAAAGCAGGAGCAGCGACGUGUAGCAGGACAGCAAGAGAGGAAGCGAGUGCGCCAGCUCAUGGAGGUUGAGAAACAGGAGCUGAAGCAGAUGGCCACGGAGUUUGACAAGAGCAUGAACACCAUGUUCGGAAGCUACUCCAAAACCAAAGAGCGCAAGAAGGCCAACAGGCGCAUGGCAGGCAACGCCACAGCGGAGAAUCCCAAGCAGGCCAAGCCAAAGGGAUCCAAAGAUGAGGGCGCAGCCGCGAAACCACAAAAGGCAGAUGCCAAGGGCCCAAAGAAGGCCAAGCGUUCCGGUGGGAAGAAGUCCAAGUUCAAGCGAUGA